UUAAAUUCCAAGCUCUUAGCUGAGAUUGCAGAGCUUAAGAAGGAGAAUGCUGAGAUUCCCGAACUUAGAGAGAAGUUACUAAAGUUUGCUGAGGUUGAGGCUGAGAAUGCGAAGCUGAAGCAAAUUAUUGAAGAGAAUGCAAGGCGUGAUUCUGAGAAUGCCGAACUCAAGUCUAGAGUUGGAGAGCUUGAGGCUAGACUUGCAUUAUUAGAACAGGGUUCAGCUGUGGAUGGGAUGACGUUGUCAUUUGGUCAGACACAAAAUGAUAAAGAAGCGAUGCCAGUGGUGACUAUACUUGCCACCCAUAUUAAAUGGGAUGGGAGAAUCCCCUAUCCCAUCCCAUCCCAUAUCCCAUCCCAUUUGCCAAAAUCCCAUCCCAAUCCCACAAUCCCACCCAUAUCCCAUAUCCCUUAUCCCAUCCCUUAUCCCAAAUAA